AUGUCCAACACGAAAACCAUCUAUGUGCCUCAUCUGGGAGGCAUUUCCGCAGCGUACCAAAUGCCCAAACCAUACGAUAGCACAAAGCCAACAUUGUUGAUGGUCAACGCCUUCACGAUGUCCUCAGAGCUUUACCGGGCCCAAUUCGAUGACCCCCAUAUCACGGCCUCUAUGAACCUCUUGGCUGUCGAGCCGUUGGGUCACGGCCAAACGCGCACCGCUCGCAAUCAAUGGACGUAUUGGGACACCGCGGAAAUGAAUUUGCAGGUGUUGGAUGCUCUUGGGAUUGAAAAGGCUUUCAUACUGGGCACUAGCCAGGGGGGUCCCAAUUUAAAUCCGCCUACAACUAUACAAACUAAUUGUGGUCAGGUCGUUGGAAUAAUUCCCUUGGGGACAUCCAUGGACUCCGAAUCAGAGCGUAGUCGCCAAAUGCAGUGCUGGGAUGGGCCGAGCAUUGUGAAGGCAUUUUUGGCCCAGUGGGCUAGCAGCCGACCAACCCCAAACUUCGAACCUGAUGAUGGAUAUUGCGACGCCGUGAUCAGCAUCGGUCUCAAUGAUUGCCCAUCGGAAGUGCGUCAGUUUUGGCAUACCACCAUCAAGUCACAUUACCGUGGAGAGGAAGGCAAACAACGACUACGCAUGGCCGCAAUCAACUUAGCAGAACGCGAUGGACUGCGGCUUCGAUUGGCCGAUGUCACCUGUCCUAUCAAAUGGAUACAGGGGACGAAUGACGCCGUGUUUUCUGUAGCCAAUGCCGCCGAAGAGAUCCAGAUGUUUACUGGAUCACCAGAUGCACAACUUAUGAUAGUCGAUGGUGGUGCACAUUUCCUGAGCGCUUCUAAUCCGAAGGAGAUCAAUGCAGCUGUGAUAGAGUUUGUAAAUGCCCACUGGAAGUGA